GGCGGGUCCUCGCCGCGCGCAGUGCUCGGGCCGGAGCUCGAGGCGCUGCUUACCGUCGCCUGAGCUAGGAGACGCCGCGGCCGCCACUGGGUCGCCUCGGGCUUCGCGUCGCGCCGUGUACGCCUCUUCUGCCCCACCCGAUCGGCAGCAUAGGCUCUACCUGGUCCGCGGCCUCCCUGAUCGCGGCGGGGCAGGUGGUUUUGCUGCGGUGAACUCCUGCCCUACCUCCCGGUAGCUGGCUGCUGGCUCCGGACCCGGAGCUCUCGGUGAACCUGGGAAGGGAAUGAGAAUAGGGUAGGUGAGCUCCAGCCAAGCCAGCCCUGCCAGAGACCUCCAGUUUUGGUGGAUGGUGCUCUGAGCAUCCACAGUGUACUUCAGCAUUUGAAUCUAUGGACCUGCUUUGAACCAUAGAGCCUGCCUAUGGGGGAAGGUGACGCCAUCUGGGCCCCAUCCAUCCUUCCUCACAGUGCCCUCAGCACCUUAAGCCACCACCCUGAGCUACAUUUUGGAGGGAAGAUGGAAUCUAAGGUCUCGGAAGGUGGCCUGAACGUAACCCUGACCAUCCGCCUACUGAUGCAUGGAAAGGAAGUCGGAAGCAUCAUCGGAAAGAAAGGAGAAACGGUAAAGAAGAUGCGUGAAGAGAGUGGCGCCAGGAUCAACAUCUCAGAGGGAAACUGCCCAGAGAGAAUCGUCACAAUCACAGGCCCCACCGAUGCCAUCUUCAAGGCCUUUGCUAUGAUUGCGUACAAGUUUGAGGAGGACAUCAUUAAUUCCAUGAGCAACAGCCCUGCCACCAGCAAGCCCCCAGUGACACUGCGACUAGUGGUCCCUGCCAGCCAGUGUGGGUCCCUGAUCGGCAAAGGUGGCUCCAAGAUCAAGGAGAUCCGGGAGUCCACAGGUGCUCAGGUCCAAGUGGCAGGUGACAUGCUGCCCAACUCCACAGAGCGGGCAGUGACGAUCUCAGGGACCCCGGACGCCAUCAUCCAGUGUGUGAAACAGAUCUGUGUGGUCAUGCUGGAGUCCCCACCGAAAGGUGCCACCAUUCCCUACCGCCCAAAGCCCGUCUCCACCCCUGUCAUUUUUGCAGGUGGUCAGGUAAGAGCCGACCCGCUCGCGGCCUCCACUGCCAACCUCAGCCUUUUACUGCAGCAUCCGCCGCUGCCCGCCUACACAAUCCAGGGACAGUACGCCAUCCCCCACCCAGAUCAGUUGACCAAGCUCCACCAGUUGGCCAUGCAGCAAACCCCCUUUCCUCCCCUCGGACAGACCAACCCCGCUUUCCCCGGGGAGAAGCUGCCUUUACACUCCUCCGAAGAAGCUCAAAAUCUGAUGGGCCAGUCGUCAGGUCUGGAUGCCAGCCCACCAGCCAGCACUCAUGAGCUCACCAUUCCCAAUGAUCUUAUAGGCUGCAUAAUUGGACGCCAAGGCACCAAAAUCAAUGAAAUCCGACAGAUGUCUGGAGCUCAGAUCAAAAUCGCCAAUGCCACUGAAGGGUCAUCAGAGCGCCAGAUUACCAUCACAGGGACCCCAGCCAACAUCAGCCUUGCCCAGUAUCUGAUCAACGCUAGGCUGACGUCUGAGGUCACCGGGAUGGGUGCGCUCUAACCUACCCAAGAAUCCUCCACUGCACACAUCGGAUGGCUCCAGCCCGCAGCCUCACCAGCUGGCACACUGUACAGACUGCCUGUCCUUCCUUGCAGAUAUGAAUAGAGCGUUUUCUUUACAAACAGAUGAUAGUGCGCGUCUGCCCACUCAGGCCCUGUGCGCUCCGUAUUAGUGUAGCCUCCACGCAUUGGCAUGCAGCUCUUUACUUUAAUGCUCAACGUAUUCCCAAAUGUGAUGUUUCAGAGAUUUAUUCCUCAGUAUCCAUGUGACUGUCUGUUUAAAAGUUGGUUUGAUGCUUUAACAGCACUUCCUAUGUCCUGCUGUCCCUUGUUCUCAGAGACCCUCCUCUCCCACCCGCUCUACUGACUCAUUUCCACUCUAGGUUGCUCGCAGGGAUCAGAGGUACUUUUCUUGCAACCUGUAGGGAGUGUCGAGAGAGGAGGGACUUGGGGGGGUUAUGUCUAAGGAGCAGGGUGGAGUGCCAGAGGGUGGGGUGGGACCCUGGCUUCACUGGGAUAUCUCGGGGAAGGGGCACUUGUGGCCCCCAGGUGUCUUCCAAAAUGGCUCAGAACAAGGACUUGCCAGAAAGUUCAUCUGUACCCAUCAGAGUUCAAUAAAUGUCGUGUUCCUCUC